GGGCCUCAAGUCUGUCCAGGCUAUAAUGCUAGUGGUUGGACUGACAGGAGGUAUUGCCACUGGCAAAUCUACCGUAUCCAGUUCUUUGAAAUCGAGGCAAAUACCUAUCAUCGACGCUGACAUUCUUGCACGCGAAGUUGUCCAACCUGGAACCCGUGGACUUGCUCAAAUUGUUGAUUACUUUGGCUCGUCUGUCCUUUUAGCGGACGGGAGCCUUGACCGUAGGAAGCUAGGCUCAAUCAUUUUCAGCGACGAAGUCAAGAGGAAGAAGCUCAACUCCAUCAUACACCCCGCGGUCACACGGGCUAUCUUCUGGAAUAUUGUUCGUUGCUGGAUAAGAGGCGAAAAGAUUUGCAUCGUCGAUGUGCCUUUAUUGAUUGAAGGUGGCCUGUGGAAGUGGGUAGGGAGAGUGGUUGUUGUUUACUGUUCGACCGAAAUUCAGCUUCAACGUCUGAUGAAACGAGACAACUCAUCGCGUGAAGAAGCCUCUGCUCGUCUGAAUUCGCAGCUACCUAUCUCUCAGAAAGUCGAAUACGCAGACAUAGUCAUCGAAAAUUCAGGAUCUCUCAAAGAUCUCGAGGCCCAAGUUAGCUUUUCCUUGACAAAAAUAGAAAGAGAGCUAGGGUGGUCUUGGAGGAUUAGUUGGCUGUUCCCGCCCUUCGGCGUGCUAUCUGCCUUAUCUGUAUUGGCUUGGAGGGCUCUCAAACGGAAAGGACCGCCGGCACGGAGAACAUGA